GCUCCACACAAAAUCAAUAUGCAGAUUCAUCAUACUCAAACCCUAAUAUCUUCUCCUAAACCCUUCAAUUUAAUUCCUUUUUCAGUUAACAAAACCCCCAAAUUGAAUGUUGCAGCUUUGGGUAGUCGUGUUUUGAAGGCAAAUCACGGUUUGCGAAGUAAGAAUCGCAAUGUGAUAUGCUCGGCUGCUGAUCGAUUGAGUUUCGAUAAUGAUGCGAAACGGAAAAGAAAAGUAGUUGAACACGUGAGUCUGAUCAAAGGAAAGGAGGACUUAUCUGAAGAACAAGAGAAAGAUAUGCUGGACUACCUUUAUACAACCCAAUAUCAAAUGGGUGGCAUUGUUUCCAUCUCAUUAGGACGCGUCUCUGGUGGGAAUGAUGAUAAAUAUAGCCACGGUAUCUACAUGCGCUUUCAAACAAAGAAGGAUCUAUUGAAGUUUUAUGAGAAUCAAUUCUAUGUGGGUGUCCUUAGGGACCAUGUUGUACCUUACUGCCAUGAGAUUAUCAAUGCCGACUUUGAGUCCGAAGUAGAAGAUGACAUGCUGUCAAUAUUUCGAAAAGGGGAGGAGUUCAACUAUGGUGUGGAGCUUGUACUUCUCAUAGCAUUUGGUAAGAGUUCUUUGGAUGGUCCUGCCGAAGAUGCUUUGCUCACUCUGUCAAAGCUGACAAUGGAUUUCCCAUCCUUGAUCGUUCAGGCUACUAUCGGUUCAAAUUUUAACAUUUCCAGUGCGGAAUAUACUCAUGGUGUAGUAAUACGGUUUCGCUCUACGGAGGCCUUCCAGAUGUUCAUGAACAGUUCAGAAUAUAAUAAUAUGUGGAGAACUAAGUUUCAGCCAAUUGUCCAAAAACAUCUUUCUGUUCAUUUUUCGAUUGAUCCAGUGGGCACAGAGCUUAUGUAGCAAAACUUUCACCCCAUUGCUGGUUCACUUGAGCUCCUU